AUGGAUGGGGAGGCUGACGUUGAGGAUGAUGAUGGUGGCUUGAAUGACAGCACCGUGUCCUUGAGCGCGUGCCAUCACCAGCAGACCUCUGACAUUGUCAUCACCGCUGUCAGACGGUGGUCGGUGCCAUGCACGGGCAUGGAGACAGUGAGCCAGCUCGUGGUCUCCAGCGUGGUGGCUGGAAUGUGCACUGAGGGCUACACUGGCACGUCGUGCACGACAGCUUCUCAUCCCACUGACAGCCACCGGCAUUGCACCUUUGCUGUGAUUGAGUGCUGCCAGCACGUGGCCCCACCUCAACCUGCCACGUCAUCAUCACCAUCCCCGACACUGCCAUCUUCAACCACAACUGCUGCUGUUUUCCGCCACCUCAUCUCCUGCCAGCGAGGCCUCACACCGCGGCCACAGCCGUCACUGCACACUGCCGGUUUCAAGCAGCUCACUGCGGUGGAUGCUGUUGGCUCGUGGACCACCACACCGUUCGGCAGCAAGGGGGUGGUCACCGUGUUUCUGGUUCGCACGCGUGUGCUGGCCGACGUGGCACAGGAGCGGUUCUUGGACUACGACAACGAUUCUGUGCCGUUUAUGAAGAACCUUCUCCAACACGCGAACGACAGGCAAUACCGCAUGCUGCGCGGCCUAAUGAGCGUGUUUGUUUGCAAGGACAUGUUUGCGCCGGCCAGCGCCGCCCAGAUUGAGGAGGAGGAUCCACAACCCACGUACAUCCACACAAGGGUGCCCGGCUCCCGCGAAUCGCCCAACUCCAGCGCGACCGAGAACUGCAUCUCCGUCUUUGUCAAGGUUGGACGCAACCCAGCACACGGCCUCUCAGAGAUGCUGACGCAUCUGCUUGACUGGCUGUCUAUUACAGAAGACGACGAUGAAACAAAGUACAUCUUCACAUACCUCGUCGAGGUCCCCCAAGCUCGGCAACAUCCACGCGUGACCGCGCCUGAGUGCCCGGUGAAGAUUGUGCGGGCGUUUGUGCAGAUGAUUGGCACCCCGGCGGCCGCCGUCGACGAGCCCCACUGCCAGGGCAUGUACACAGCCUCAUGGUGCAACAUGCAGGAUUCGCCUGCCUACGGUGUGUUGGGGCAGUUGAUGCAGGACCCCGGAGGUGCACGCCGCUUGCAGCGCGCUGUUGAGGCACUUAGCUCAUCCGCGUAG